AUUUAUCUUCUCCUCCCUUUUUCUUUUUAAUGUUUUAAAUAAUAAAAAAAACCCCACAAUGAAAUUGAAACUUCAAAUCCAAAUUUUUUUAGAGGACGAGGACAGACAAACCAGAGGCGAAUAAACCCUAAAUCGGACUUGAACGUCGUUGAAAAUUUCUCACAGAACUGUACAUAUCGCGAAAACUGUUGAUAGAUCAUAAAUCUAAGGACCAGAAAAAAGGUGUAAUUGUUAUGUCAACGAUUGCAGAGACGCCUGAAAAGGCGACAUGGAGUACCUGGGAGGAGCUCUUACUGGCUUUCUCCGUCAAGCGCCAUGGCCUCAAGGAUUGGGACGCUGUGGCUAUGGAGCUCCGGAGCAGGAGCCCCUUCCCCGCCCUCCUCACCGCUCAAAUUUGCAGGGAGAAGUACCGCGACCUCCAACGCCGCUUCACCGACGGCGACGCGGUGGUUGACGAUGCGGACGGCGGCGGCGGAGGAGACGUCGUUAUUCCGUGGCUCGAUGACUUGCGGCAGCUCCGCGUUGCCGAGCUCAGACAAGAGGUCCAUCGCCACGAUCUCUCGAUCCAGUCCUUGCAGUUGAAGGUGAAGCGGAUGGUGGAGGAGAGAGAGCGGAGCGGGGAGGAGAGACGGGAGGCGGUCAUUGAAUCAGAUCUGGCGGAGGGCGGAAAGGAGGAUUUGCCGACCGGCGGCGGAAGAGACAGGUCGGAGGAGGUAGCCGGUGAGGUCGUCUCCGGCGGAAGUCCCGAGCAUGAGAACCGGUCGGUGAACGAGUCUAAUUCCGCGGAGAAUACGGAGACGGAGGACAGGUGCAAACCCGAUCCGGUUCGGGGAAACCCGGAUCCGCAGAAAAAACCGGGCGGGGAGGAAGACUCGUGCAAGGAUAGUUCGAACCGGCACGAGGCUUCCAAGACGACGAGUCAGAAAAGCAACGGGGACGACGUGUCAAAUGACGUGGCAAGGGACGGAGGUGACGUGGAAAGCUCCGCCAGCUUGACGAAGAAGCGGCGGAAACGGCCCCAGGCCGGCGGCGGCGGCGACGCGCGGGCUCCCGCCAUCGUCAUAAAAGGAGGGGGCGCAGAUAAAUCAGAGCCGUUGAUUGCUCUUUUAGAUGAAAUCCGGUCGCACAAAAAUGGCACGGCGUUCAAGCGACGGCUCCAGAUUCAGAAAACGGACAAGUACAAGAGAAUAAUACGGAGACAUGUGGAUCUUGAAACGGUUCAAGCCCGGUUAGAUGACGGAUCCUACUCUUCUUGCCCCGCCAAAUUCUAUUUGGAUCUUUUGCUCCUCUUCAACAACGCCAUUGUCUUCUUCCCCAACUCCUCGCCGGAGUCGGCGGCGGCCCACGAACUCCGCGCCCUCAUCACGAAAAACCUCAAGACCCUGAACAAGAAAACCCCACAAUCACUGACCAAUCGUUCUAUGCCCGCCAAGGUCCAGCCCAAACCCGAACCCGAACCCGAACCGGACAACCCUGGGCCUUUGCUCUCCAAGGGCAGCAACCCUAGAGUUGCUCCAAUUGUAGUUUGCCGCAAGAGAAGCUCCCUAUCCGCCACUGCCGCGGCCAAAUCCACUGCCUCCGCCGAUGAGACAAGCCAAGAAAUUCCCAGCGGCUUAGACAGUCCGAAGAGGAAAGAGCGGCAUGCGACGGGCGUGCGGAGCAUGAGGGCCGGCAACAAAGGGCGCCCGAGCGGGAAAAAACCCAACAAGACGAGCGAAGACGAAGUCACCAAUGCAGCAACAGAGAAGGAAGGCGGCGGCGGCGGCUUUAGUGGCAAUGACAAGAAGAGAGGCGCGGCGAACUUCUUGAAGAGGAUCAAGAAGAGUUCUCCGGCCAAGGAGAUGGCGGCAUUGCCACCCGACACGACAAAGAGGUCUCCGGGUGAUGCGAAAAACAACGGAAAAGAGCAGCCGAAGAAGGGUAAGGGUAUAGAAAAGAAAGAAACAGCGUCCAAAACAACGCAAAGUGGGGCAAAAAAGUCAGAAGAGAAGUUCCCGGCGAAGAAGGGCGUGGGGCGACCUCGGACAAGGGGGAGAGAGGCGAUCUCCGAGGAGCAUUCGAAACAACCAAAGAAACGAGCCAAGAGGUAAACACAUGAAGUGUGGGACAUUAAGUUUUAGUGCAAGUUAUACACUGACUAGGUUUCUUUAACAACUUGUGGGUGGUGAUGGCCACCAAAACAAAAAAAAGUCAAAUAGUGUUGAGAAAGAUUUGUAGAUUUUGCACUCUUUUUGGUU